AGCUAACACAAAGUUGAAGCUCGGGCGCUGUAAAAUAAAUUAUACGUAUUGUUUUUUUUAUUGUACGCGAUUGAUUAAGUGUCAUAUGAUCGUGAGGUUAAUGUUUGUUAUUUUAAAUAAGAGUAAUGAGAAGAAAUUUUAUCUUGUGCUCUGGUACACGCCUAGCUAGCAGAACUAGCCUAGCUAGCUACUAGCUACCAACUUGAAUGUGAAAUGGGGUAAGGAGAAGUUUGAGGCAGUGGAGCUGAACACUGAGGAACCCCCCAUGGUGUUUAAAGCCCAGCUCUUCGCUCUGACCGGGGUUCAGCCGGACCGACAGAAGGUCAUGGUCAAGGGAGGAACACUAAAGGAUGACGAGUGGGGAAACAUCAAGGUCAAAAAUGGAAUGACGUUCUUGAUGAUGGGGUCAGUGGAGGCGCUGCCCGAGGAGCCGUCUGUCCGUCCAAUGUUCGUGGAGGACAUGACUGAGGAGCAGCUCGCUUCAGCCAUGGAGCUACCGUGCGGACUGACGAAUUUGGGGAACACAUGCUACCUGAACGCCACAGUGCAGUGUCUCCGCUCAGUGCCUGAACUCAAAACCUCUCUUAAGAAGUAUUCUGGUGCAUUGAGAUCCUCUGGAGCAAAUGCGCCGUCUCAGUACAUCACAGCAGCUCUGCGUGACCUGUAUGAGUCGAUGGAUAAGACUUCCUCCAGUAUCCCCCCAAUCAUCCUGCUGCAAUUCCUGCACAUGGCCUUCCCUCAGUUCGCUGAGAAAGGAGAUCAGGGACAGUACCUACAGCAGGAUGCCAAUGAGUGCUGGGUUCAGCUGAUGCGGGUUCUCCAGCAGAAAUUAGAACCUCAAGAAUCUGAAACCCCCAUGGAGACAGGUGAUGGUGACGGCGGAGCUGCAGCUUCAUCCACAAAGAAGAACUUCAUUGACCAGUUUUUUGGGCUGGAGUUUGACACUACAAUGAAGUGCACAGAGUCAGAGGAUGAAGAACCUGUCAAAGGUACAGAGAACCAUCUGCAGCUCAGCUGCUUCAUCAACCAGGAGGUCAAAUAUCUGGCAACCGGCAUUAGAUUGCGACUACAAGAGGAAUUAACAAAGUUUUCUCCAUCUCUACAGAGAGAUGCUCUCUAUACAAAAUCGUCUAAAAUCAGCCGUCUCCCGGCGUACCUGACUGUCCAGAUGGUUCGCUUCUUCUACAAAGAGAAGGAGUCUGUUAAUGCCAAAGUCCUCAAGGACGUGAAGUUCCCCCUCAUGCUGGACGUGUAUGAGAUGUGUGCUCCUGAGCUGCAGGAAAAAAUGGUGUCUGUGAGGUCCAAGUUUAAGGAUAUGGAGGACCGAAAGCUGGAGAAACAGCAGCAGAAGAUCAAUAAGAAGAUCGAAGCUCCAAAAGAAGUGAAAUACAAAGACUUUUCUUUUCCUGACGAUCUGGGCUCCAAUAAUAGCGGUUACUACGACCUGCAGGCUGUUCUGACACAUCAGGGCCGCUCGAGCUCCUCUGGCCAUUACGUCGCGUGGGUUAAGAGGAAAGAAGAUGAAUGGGUGAAGUUUGAUGACGACAAGGUGAGCGUGGUCACACCAGAGGACAUCCUGAAGCUGUCUGGAGGCGGAGACUGGCACAUCGCCUACGUGCUGGUUUACGGGCCGCGGCGUCUCGAAGUCAUGGAAGAAGAACAGAAACAAUAACACACACACACACAAUCACGCGUUCUUUACCGCCAUCUCUGAGCACUGUCUGCAUAAGAUGUGCAAUAAACCCUGGUGUCUUUCAAACCCCACCUCACAUCACAUCAGCGUGGUCUCUGUGCACGAGUCUCCGCCCCCUGGGGGCAGCUGUGAUGCAUAUGGGCGUUAUGGUUUUGGAUUUUUGUGGGAUUUUUAUUUUUUUGUAGCUUCUCCUCUAUCUCCAUGUCAUAAUCUGAGGCAAUCACUGAAUCUUGGGCUGAGGGAAGGAAGAGAAGAAUUAGAAAGGUUAUGAUUUCAUAAAAGUUUCAUAUUUUUUUUUUUAUUAUUUUUUUUUUGCAUCUUCAGCAGUCCCUCAGGUGACGACAAAUGGCACAUGUCCCGAAAUGCCAGGUGAUGGCGAGCGUGCGAGAAAUAAAUCGGUUUGGUUCUGAUGCAGUUGUCUUAAACACGGCGUCGUUUUUGGAGGUAAAAUGGAUCAAAGUCCACGUGCUAACAAAACAGGGCUAGAUUUUUGUUUUUGGUAAAAACAUUCAUCCAACUUUAGCAAGAUUUCUAGCAAGCUAGUUAUCUAGCUAAUGUUAGCACUUAGCUAAUUUAGUACAGCACUGUGUGUGUGUCAGGUUUUGCAGUGGUGAUCUGUGAUUGGCUGAGCAAAUUUAACUUUGAUUUGAUGGAGUAUAUCGUUUGUUGCUAGCUAAUUAUGAGCAAAGCUAAUUUUAAUCUGAUUUCUCAACAAAACAAACCUCUUAACUGAGCUUGUGAUUGUUACUUCGAGCAAAAACCGACUUGGGCUCUGUGGAAACGUUUUAAACGCUAGUGUCACAAACGCUCAUGUUACAUUAGCAGGUUAAAUUCAACCACAGAUCAGCUCCAAACCCGUACAGACUCUACUGCUGAUGGUUUGCUCACUAGAACAAGAUGACAGACUCGAACGCUGCUUCUCUCUCUUAUUUUUAAAAGAAACUCUGCCUUCUGACUGAAACACACUCAUCUAUCCACAGGAGAUACCUCCUACAUGUUAUAGCAGUGUAGAGUGUUGUCAUAUUUUUAUGUUUGGCUUUUUCAAAUGGACCAUGUGACUCAAAUUUGUCCCAGAUCAGUCUUUACUCUGGGACUGAAGCUAAAUCAGACAGGAAGUUCUGGUCAGGAGUCUGUGAUGUCACAAACAGUGGGCCUCAUUUAUCAGGUUAUUUAUUAAAGCGCGUAAAAUGAUUUCACAGGAAAAAACUGAACUGAAAAUUUCCACCGGGUUUAAAAGUUCUGCAGAAUUUCUGGCUGAAACUGUAAAUGACCGAGCGAAGAGGUACAAUUAGCCACACCCACUAACUGCCUAGCCAUGCCUACUACCUGUUUAACCACGCCACUUUCUAUCUAGCCACACCCACUAAACCUUUAGCCAAGGAAGCCUAACUCUUUCUUCUUCUAAAGGGUGCCAUUACUUUUCUCCCCUCCGAAUCAGAAUUCUUUUUUAAUAUAUAAAUUUGCACACAGGUGCAAUACGAACUCUUUAGUCUCUGGCCGAACCCGAGUUCUAGCGCUUAUGUGUUUAUGAACAAAUUCCUUGGUAUCCGGUCUGAUAAAGGAGGCCCGCUGCGUCACCGCUGAUUGACCUGCGCCUUAACGGAACAUUUCAACCAAAAGUAAACGUGCACUUCGACGAUGUUUCAGGGAAAUUGUAUAAAGACGCGCUAACACUCCGUUAGCGCUAAGCGUCUCGGACCAUCGGUCCGUGUUUUCAUUUGUGCUUUGUUGUAACCGCGUGAACGUUCUCAGAUUCAUCCUCCUGACCUUCGGACCGUGCCUGCACCGACGCCAACACUUCUCUGUUUAAGUUAUUGACUGCUGGCUUUUGGUAAAAAUAUGUGAACUAAACACAAUAAAAAGAUGCAGAUGGUAUUGAA